AUGGAGCCCAAUGCUGAAGCCCCUGAUCGAUUCCUUAAUAGUGUGUUACACUUGAUUUGUCCUCAGCGCGGCCAGCAAUCGCCAGGGUUUUCUUUCAGUGCGGCGCGUCUCCCUUCUUCGCUCUCACAUGUCAACCCGGACAUGGAGAGGAGUCGCCAAGGUCGCGGGGAGCAAGGAAAGGCCGCACGAACUGCACAUUUCACACAGGAAAUGCCCCAGUCAGCCCAGAUGCCAUGGGGGGACCAUCCCCAGACGUACCUCCCCGUCCCAAGCAUCCCCAGACGCAACCUCCUCGUCUCCAGCAUCCCGAGACGCAAGUUCCCCGUCCUCAGCAUCCCCAGAUGCAAGUUCCCCAUCCCCAGCAUCCCCAGACGCAAGUUCCCCGUCCCCAGUAUCCCCAGAUGCAAGUUCCCCGUCCCCAGCAUCCCCAGAUGCAAGUUCCCCAUCCCCAGAAUCCCCAGAAGCAAGUUCCCCGUCCUCAGCAUCCCCAGAUGCAAGUUCCCUGUCCCCAGCAUCCCCAGACGCAAGUUCCCCGUCCCCAGCAUCCCCAGACGUAAGUUCCCUGUCCCCAGCAUCCCAAGACGCAAGUCCCCCGUCCCCAGCAUCCCCAGACGCAAGUUCCCCGUCCCCAGCAUCCCAAGACACGUAAGUUCCCCGUCCCCAGCAUCCCAAGACGCAAGUUCCCCGUCCUCAGCAUCCCCAGAUGCAAGUUCCCCGUCCUCAGCAUCCCCAGAUGCAAGUUCCCCGUCCCCAGCAUCCCCAGACGCAAGUUCCCCAUCCCCAGAAUCUCCAGACGCAAGUUCCCCGUCCCCAGCAUCCCCAGACGCAAGUUCCCCGUCCCCAGCAUCCCCAGACGCAAGUUCCCCGUCCCCAGCAUCCCCAGACGCAAGUUCCCCGUCCCCAGCAUCCCCAGACGCAAGUUCCCCAUCCCCAGAAUCUCCAGACGCAAGUUCCCCGUCCCCAGCAUCCCCAAACGCAAGUUCCCCAUCCCCAGAAUCUCCAGACGCAAGUUCCCCGUCCCCAGCAUCCCCAGACGCAAGUUCCCCGUCCCCAGCAUCCCCAGACGCAAGUUCCCCGUCCCCAGCAUCCCCAGACGCAAGUUCCCCGUCCCCGCGCUCCAGAGCAACUCAAACCGCCGCCUUACCUGUCCUCCCAUCACACCCGCCGUCGCCUCAAUCAAUCAGGCCAAAGAAAUAG